UUGGAGAGUUUUUAUUCCACUUCCCUUCGGCAGCCAGAGCGUACAUCAAUGGGGAAAAACAAGAGAUCCGAGGAAAGACUCGAAUCGGAACACUCACCUUCCACUGUCAUCGUCACGAACUUGCCUUACUCUUUUACCAACUCUCUGCUUGAAGAAACAUUUAGCGAUGUUGGUCCAAUCAGGCGUUGCUUCAUGGUUACGAAAAAGGGGUCAACUGAGCAUCGUGGUUUCGCUUUUGUUCAAUUUGCUGUUGCUGAAGAUGCUAACUGUGCUAUCGAUCUGAAGAAUGGUUAUUCUGUUGGAGGUCGGAAAAUUGGAGUUAAACAUGCAAUGCACCGUUCUCCAUUGGAGCAACGACGGUCAAAGGCAACCCAAGAUGAUGCGACUAAGUCAAAGAACGACAACGAUGGUCUUACCUCAACUGUAGAAGAGCAUGGUUCAGGCCAGCCGAAACUAGAGAAACCUGUGCAACCAAGAAAGCCAGCAACACUUAGUUCUGAUGUAGCUGAUAAAGAGAAUUGUUCAGAGAAGCAGAGGGUUGCUAGGACUGUUAUAUUUGGUGGUCUUCGUAAUGCUGAGAUGGCGGAAGAUGUUCACCGACGUGCAAAGGAGAUUGGCACUGUCUGUGCAGUAAGUUACCCUCUUCCAAAAGAAGAGCUUGAACAACAUGGUCUUUCACAAGAUGGAUGCAAAAUGGACGCUUCAGCUGUGCUUUUCACAAGUGUCAAAUUGGCUCAUACUGCUGUGGCAAUGUUGCACCAAAAAGAGAUACAUGGAAGCAUUAUUUGGGCACGCCAGCUGGGUGGUGAGGGUUCUAAAACUCAAAAGUGGAAGCUAAUUAUCAGAAAUCUUCCUUUCAAGGUUAAAUUAAGUGAGAUAAAGGACAUGUUUUCAGCAGCAGGGUUUGUCUGGGAUAUCUUUAUUCCACAUAAUUCUGAAACGGGGUUAUCCAAGGGUUUUGCUUUUGUCAAAUUCACUUCUAAACAGGACGCAGAAAAUGCCAUUCAAAAGUUCAAUGGGAAUUUUUUUUGUAAAAGACCUAUAGCUGUUGAUUGGGCUGUUCCGAAGAAACUUUACAGUGCCAAUGCUAAUUCUGCUGUUGCUUCAGAUGAUGGGCAUCUCAAUAAAAGAGACAAGGAAAGUGAUACAGAUAGUAGUAGCUUCGAUAUAGAAGAUGAAGGUGUGGAUAAUGAUAGUGAUGAUGGUAUUGCUUCAAAUGACUCGAGUAUGUUGGAGACGGAAAGGACAACAAUGGCAGUGGAUUUUGAUAAGGAAGUAGACAUUGCAAGAAAAGUGCUGAAUAACUUGGUGACAUCCUCUUCUAAAGAUUCUCUUCAUCUCCAAGAUGAUGCUGUUCUGCCCAACGGGGAAUACAAUAUGAAUGUAGAUGAAAACAUUAAAGUGCAAGAUAAGUUACCCGUUGAAUCUGCAAUAGAGUCAGAUAUGAUUAAACCUGAUAAAUCUGGUAAAAAAAUAGAAAUGGAUGGUGAAGAUGAUUUGGAGAGAACAAUUUUCAUAAGCAACCUUCCAUUUGACAUUGACAAAAAAGAAGUGAAAGAAAGGUUUUCUGCAUUUGGGGAAUUGCAGUCCUUUAUUCCAGUCCUCCAUCCAGUUACCAAACGACCGAGAGGAACUGGUUUUCUUAAGUUUAAAACAAUAGAUGCUGCUGUUGCAGCAGUUUCAGCAGCAAAUGCUGUAUCUGGCUUGGGUAUUUUUCUUAAAGGUAGGCAACUCAAAGUGUUGAAGGCUUUGGAUCGAAAAUCAGCACACAAUAAAGAAUUGGAGAAGGCCAAAGCUGAUGAACAUGACCAGCGUAACCUUUACUUGGCAAAGGAAGGACUUAUAGUUGAGGGGACUCCAGCUGCUAAAGAUGUUUCAGCCAGUGAUAUGGAAAAACGCAAAACGUUGCAUGAAAAAAAGAUGACCAAGCUUCAAUCUCCGAAUUUCCAUGUUUCAAGGACAAGAAUUGUUAUAUAUAAUUUGCCAAAGUCAAUGAAAGAAAAUGAAUUGAAGCAACUUUGUAUCGAUGCAGUUACCUCUCGAGCUACAAAGCAAAUACCCGUAAUACGACAGAUUAAGUUCUUGAAAACGGUCAAGAAGGGAAAGAUUGUUGUUAAAAAUCAGUCACGCGGGGUUGCCUUUGUUGAGUUUACAGAACAUCAGCACGCACUUGUGGCCCUGAGGGUUCUUAACAAUAAUCCAGAAACUUUUGGUCCUGAACAUCGUCCGAUAGUGGAGUUUGCCGUUGAUAAUGUGCAGACAAUGAAGCUGAGGAAAGCAAAGUUACUAGCUCAGCGGCAAGAUGGUAGUGACAAUUUGAACAAUGCACAGCAAAAUGUAAAAUCACAGUCAUUUGUAGAUCGUCCUAACAAAUCCGGAAAACGGAAAUCUAGAGACGAGUUAAGGACAGGGAAACAUUCGGCGUUGAAGAAGGCUGAGAUGGAAAACACAGUUUCCACUGGAGAAGGCCAAACUAGUAAGAAGCCAAAGCAUAAACCUACUGGUGAAAAGCUAAAAUCAUCUUUGAAAGAAAACUUGGAAGGCUCCAAUCAAAAGUUGAAAGGAUCAAAUCAUAAACCCAAGGACCACAAAGCCGGCCGAAAGCUUGCUGUUGGAAGUUCCGAAAAGGUUGAAACAAAUGUUAAUCAUACCCACAAAUCAAAGUCGAAGGAGGCAGAAGCAGUUCCACAGCCGAAAGAGAGAACACAAGAAGGAAAGGCAAAGCGGGAGGAGGGAGAGACGAAUUCGAAAAGAAAAAGGCCAAGAAGGAAUAAAGAUCCAUCGGGGAGAGAUGUGUUAGACAAACUUGAUAUGCUAAUCGAACAAUACAGAUCUAAGUUCUCACAGCCAAAAUCAGCACCCGAGGCCGAGAAACAAGGUUCUAAGAAGCUUAGAAGGUGGUUUCAAGCUUAAUCCCAUUAGCAGAUUAUAUAACCAGUUUUGUAGCAUAUAUUAUCAUAUCCAUCUUUUAGAAACAAGAUGAGAAUGUGCA